AUGGGUAACACCAUCUCAUACCAAGAAACGCCAAUCGAGCUCGAAUUGGGCGACCGGGGAACGAUCCGCGGCCUCCAGUUCGACAAUAAGUCCAGGCGCUUCACUGGUGUUCCCUACGCACUGCCACCAACUGGCGAGCACCGAUGGCGCAAGCCGCGACCAUUACCCGCAUCAUACUCAUACACCGACGAUAAUGGAGGAGCAUACGACGCAACCAAGUUCAAGUCCGUAUGCCCUCAGAAGGCGUUCCAUGUAGUCAAGCCUGACGGUGGUGGAAACACCUAUGGCGAAGAUUGCUUGUUUGUCAACAUCUGGACCCCGGUUCCCAAAGAAGGCGAAGAAAACAAGAAAUGGCCGGUGCAGCUUUGGAUUCACGGCGGGUGGUUCCAGAUGGGUGAUCCGUCGCAGGAGCCGGGUAUGGAUGCAACAGAGUUGAUUACUACGGGUGGUCUCAACGCCAUUGUCGUCGCUAUCGGGUAUCGACUCAACGUGUUUGGGUUCCUUGCUGGAAACGACCUUUUGCAAGAGAGCAACGGUGAAGCGGGCGGUAACUUCGGUCUUUGGGACCAACGAGUGGCCGCGGAGUGGGUGAGAGACAAUAUUGCUCAUUUCGGAGGAGAUCCGGGGAAAGUGACGCUUGCCGGCCGGAGUGCUGGGGCAUACAGCGCCGAAGCUCAGAUGCUCUACGACUUCCGGAAGACGGGAAGUGUCUCUUCACUAUAUCACCGCAUCUUCAUGGACUCAAACGCGAUUCCGGCCCAGCCAAAAUCUCUUGCCGAUGUCCAAGGCCAAUUCGACGAGCUUUGCGACUACUUUAGGAUUGACGCCUCAGUGUCAGGAGCGGAGAAGCUCUCGAUUCUUCGGGGAAAGACUGUUGAGGAGCUUUUGGAGGCUAUUCCCCAACUGAAAAACCACACCUUCCGGCCCGUCACCGAUGAUGUCUUCAUACACACGGGUAUGAUUGAGUACCUCCAGGGCAAGGACUUCGCAGAUGAGUUUAAGCGAAGAGGAUACAGGUUACUCAUCGGCGAGGUUCGCAACGAAGAAACUCUUUACUCUUCAUAUAACGCACCCACUGAGCCCACGCUGGAAGCCCUGCGCUUACAGGUCUCAAACUACUACGCUCCAGACGUUACAGAUCGCGCGAUCCAACAGUACAAGCUGCCAGAAUCAGAUAAGUUGCAAGACUGGCAAACAAUAUUCGGAUCAAUCGUUUCGGACGGACAAGUGCGGGCACCGUCCAGGGCACUUGCGAAAGCGCUAGUUGACAACGGCGUCGAUAUUCGAGACGUGUGGCGGUACCAGAUCGCCUACAGGCUGUCCUUCAUCAACGAGAAGGUGGCUCCCGCUUCCUUCGGGGUGGCGCAUGCCAUGGACAGGCCCAUCUGGAACUUUUCAAUCACCCAUGGUCCGAUCCCCACUGAAAGACAGUUAAUGGAGGACUGGAUUCAAAUCUUGGUCAACUUUGUGAACAACACUGAAGGCUACGAGUACGGGACGAAGAGUGUUGAGGAAAUGAAGGUCUUGACUCCAGAGGCCACGAUUGAAGUUCGGCCUGAUGAGCGAUGGAGCGAACUGGUGAAGCUGGGGAAUAUUUUUGCUGGCAAGUGA